UAAAUGAUUAAAAGUCAUAAGCCAAUAUAAAUCGACGAUUGCACAAGAAAGUUAGAGAAGAAGAAAGUGCGCAAUAUAGAUAUAUGUAUGUAUGUAUCUAUGAUGUGUGUAUGUUUAUAUAAUACAUACAUAUAUAUAGAUGGAGGUCACGUGGUUGAAACGCGCGGAAAAUGUUUCUAUUGAAAAAUAUAAUUUAAAAGAUAAAAAUACAAAGAAAAGUAUUAACAAAAGGAAGGAAUAAAAGAAAAAAGGAAAAAGAAAAAAGGAAAAAAAACAAAAUGAGAUUGUGUAGUUUUCCCCCCCACUUUGGAAUGGUUGAUUAGAGCCACGUAGUCUUCGUGAAAGAACAUAAUCGUCAAUUCGUUAUUGAGGAGCUUAUUCCCUCGUGAAAUUUCGUAGAGACAAGAGCUGUUUGAACGGUGAAUAAUAUUGUUCGUAUAUGUUCGAUUAUUUCAAUCGUCAAAGUUUCACUUCUAACCUAAAUUCUUCGUCUCAGCCAAGCGCAGCCAAGCAACCAACCAGUCUGUCAGUCAGUCAGUCAGUCAGUCAGUCAACUUUCGUUUAGUAAAAUUUACGAUAGUUCGUUUUAACAAGUUUUAUUAAACAUCGAGUUUUAUCAUAAUCUUCAUCGAGAAAUCAUCGAAUAUAUUGAGAGACCAGAAUUGUAAUAUCAUUUUCAAGAAAAGGAUACCAUUCGAAAGUCACCUGAUUGAUUUGAAGAAGAAAGUGUCCCAUUUGGCAAGUGUUAUAUAAAAAGUCUAAGGAAUAAAUUAAUAAAAUCUACUUUUCUUUUUUCGAUCUAAUACUACUAAAACCGUGAUAAGUUGUUUCCAAGACUUCUUGUAUAUGUGCAAUAUCAUCAAAGAAUAUUAAAUAUUUUAUUAGAUUUGAGAUUUAAUAUAAGAGAGAAAGAGAAAGAGAAAGAAAGAGAGAGAGAGAGAGAGAGAGAGAGAAAGAGAGAGAGGUUUUAAACUUUGGAGAUAUUAUUCUUGAAAAAAUUCAAAAUGUGGCCAAAUGACGUCGGUAUCAGAGCCAUUGAAGUUUAUUUCCCAGCUCAAUAUGUGGAUCAAACCGAUUUGGAGAUUUACGAUGGUGUAUCGGCAGGGAAAUAUACUAUAGGACUGGGACAAUCCAAAAUGGGAUUUUGUAAUGACAGAGAAGAUAUAAAUUCUUUAUGUUUAACAGUCGUCCAUAGAUUAUUGGAUAGAUACAACAUUGAACCUAAAGAAAUCGGUAGAUUGGAAGUGGGAACAGAAACAAUUAUAGAUAAGAGCAAAUCGGUAAAGUCUGUUCUUAUGCAAUUAUUUGAACCAUUUGGCUAUACUGAUAUCGAAGGUGUGGAUUGUACUAACGCAUGUUAUGGUGGUACAGCGGCUUUAUUCAAUGCUAUCUCUUGGGUAGAAAGUAGUGCCUGGGAUGGAAGAUUAGCAUUAGUUGUUGCAGCUGAUAGUGCUGUUUAUUCUCCUGGUAGUGCAAGACCUACCGGUGGAGCAGGGGCAAUAGCUAUGAUAAUAGGUCCGGAGGCUCCUAUUGUAUUGGAUCGUGGACUUCGUGCAUCAUAUAUGCAACAUGCUUAUGAUUUUUAUAAACCUGAUUUACGUUCCGAAUAUCCAUAUGUAGAUGGAAAAUUAUCUAUUAAAUGCUAUCUCAAUGCUUUAGAUAGUUGUUAUCAAUUGUAUAAUCAAAAGGUUAAAGGAAAAAGAUCUGAUGAAAUUGUUACCCUAAGUAGCUUUGAUGCAAUCUUAUUUCACUCUCCAUAUUGUAAACUUGUACAAAAAUCAUUUGCCAGGUUAGCUUUUGUUGAUUUUUUAAAUACAUCCAAAACAGAAUUUUCUGAAAAAUACAAAGAGUUAGAAAAAUUUCAUGAUGUUAAGCUAGAGAAUACUUAUUUUGAUAAAGACAUUGAAAAGGCAUUUGUAACAUUGAGCAAAGCAGAUUUUAUGCAAAAAACAGAACCUAGUUUAUUUUUAGCAAAUCAAGUUGGAAAUAUGUAUACAGCAUCCGUUUAUUCUGGAUUAGUGUCUUUACUUAUAUCUAAACCAAUAAAUGAACUAGCAGGCAAUAAAGUAGCUGUAUUUUCAUAUGGUUCAGGUUUAUGCUCGAGUAUGUAUUCGUUAACAAUAACAAAAGAUGUGAAAAAUGAAUCUAGCUUAAUGAAAAUUAUUUCAUCAUUAGUUUAUGUUAAAUCUCAAUUAGAAGCACGGCAAAAGGUAACUCCAGCAGAUUUUACUAGUAUAUUAGAAUCAAGAGAAAAAAAUUAUCACAGUGCGCCCUAUGAACCGAAAACUAGUAUCAGCAAUAUGUUUCCUGGAACUUAUUAUCUUAUACAGGUAGAUGAUAAAUAUCGAAGAACUUAUGAAAAAAUACAAAAUAGCCAAUAGUUUUCUAUACACAUAAUCUAUUGUAGUUAAUUUCAUUUAAUAAAAUAAAAUACUUGAAGCUUA